AUGGUUUCGGAAUCAUUUGAUUUAGCAAUAGUAGAUCCAACAAUGGCUCGUUCAUCGAAAAACACCUAUCAAAUGAAAAAGAAUCUUUUCUGGAUACUUUUGUCUCUCAUUCUCGUCGUAUUUAUUGUUCUCUUAGUUUUAACGAUUUACUUCGGUGUCAAACAAAAUCGAUCGAUGAACAAUUUGCAUUCAACGGAUUUGUCAACAACAACAACAAAACAACCGUUUGACUUAACAACGUCAAUGGCUUUACCUGUCGAACGAAUUCCAACAAAUUUGAAACAAGAAGUUUAUCGAUUAACAAUCGCACCGAAUAUCACCGCAGAAACAUUUAGUGGUACACUUUUAUAUACAUUUACAUGUCUUGAAUCAACAAAUGAAGUCGUUCUUCAUCUAAAAGAUUUAUUCUUAGAUAAUUCAACAAUACGAAUCAUUAAUUCAACAACAUCUCCAUUACCUCUCAUUCAAACUUGGACUUACGAUGAUUAUAGUGAAAUUAUUAAACUCAAAUUCACAUCUUCAUUCAUUCCACCUCAUACCUACACGUUAUAUUUAACUUAUUCAGCGAAUAUUUCACGUGAAUUACACGGUCUUUACAUAAGUAAAUAUGUGGACAUCAAUGGAAUGAAUAAAACAUUUAUGACAUCUCAAAUGGAACCAACUCAUGCUCGAGCCAUGUUUCCAUGUAUCGAUGAACCGGCCCGAAAGGCCAUUUUUUAUAUCAGUGUUAUUCAUGAUGUUUCGGAACGAGUUUGGUCGAACGGAGAGAUUGAAUCGAUGACGAAAUCGAAAGAUGGAAGGAUUGUGUCGCAUUUUACUCCGACAUUGAAUAUGUCGACGUUUUUAUUAGCGUUAAUCGUCGCACCGAAAGCGGAUUUUGAUUGUCGACCGGAUCGACUGAUUGGACCAACGAAAAUCAAAUCGAGAAUUUGUGGACGAAUUGAUAUUUUACCGCAAUUAACAUAUGCCGAUGAAAUCGCAUCGAAAUCAUUGGAAUUGUUCAAUCAGUAUUUUAACAUCACUUAUCCUUUACCCAAAAUCGAACAUUUCGCAGUUCCAGAUUUCGGAGCGGGAGCAAUGGAAAACUACGGUUUGGUCAUUUACCGCGAAGUUGGUUUGUUUUUCGACGAAAAAACUGUCUCUGCAUCGCGUAAACAAUACAUCACAACAGUUGUGGCACAUGAGAUCGCACAUCAAUGGUUCGGAAAUCUCGUUUCACCAGCAUGGUGGGGAGAAUUAUGGUUAAAAGAAGGCUUUGCCAGUUAUAUGGAAACAUUAGCCUCGGACAUUCUCGAACCAACCUGGAUGCAAGACGAACGAAUUGUUGUGGAAAAAAUCUUUCCAUUCAUGGAAGCGGAUUCGUUGCCGACCUCUCGACCGAUUAGUAUCAGUUCAACGAAUCCGGCUGAUAUCUUUCAAUUAUUCGACUCGAUAACAUAUGAGAAAGGUGCGACAUUGAUUCGAAUGAUGUCAAUGUUUCUCGGCGAAGAUGUUUUCCAAAAAGGAAUUCAAAAUUAUCUGAGAAAUUUAAGUUACGCAUCCGCAACACAAGAAGAUCUUUGGAGAUAUUUAAGUCACGCCGCCAACAAUCAAAUCGACGUCGAGCAAAUCAUGAAUGGAUGGACCCAACAAGCUGGUUAUCCCAUUGUUGAAAUCAAUCGUGAAUAUACUUCACCUUUACACCGACAACAACGAUCGAAUGAAAGAGGUUACAUUACAAUUCAACAGAAACCAUUCAAUUUAUUUUCGUCAGUGACGAAACAAGAGAAAUGGUGGAUUCCUUUCAAAUAUUUCGAUCGAGCAUCAACACGAAAAGUCAAUCAAAGUCCGGUGAUUUGGCUUAAUGACACUCUCACACGUUUAUCGGUCACAACCUCCGAUUCUGAUUGGCUUUUAGCAAAUCCUGAUUAUCUCGGCAUUUACCGGACAAAGUAUGACCCACGAAAUUUUCGUUUAAUCAUCAGUCAACUGCUCACCGAUCAUACACGUAUCCCGACAAUAACACGUGGUGCUUUAAUCGACGAUAUCUUCGCUCUGUCGCGAACAUCAAUUGUUAACACAAGUGAUGCAUACGAAUUAAUUCGUUAUUUAAGAGAAGAAGAUGAAUUUGUUCCAUGGACAGCAGCGUUUACUGCAAUGAGACUGCAGGAAGAUCUGUUAACCGGACAGGAAAUUCUUCUUGAUGUUCAGCAUUACUUUCUCGAACUUGUUUUACCGUUGUAUAACAAAAUUGGUUGGGCGCCGAUUAAUCAAACUACUGAAUGGUUACGGGCUUUACUCCAACCGAGUGUUCUAUCAUCUGCGUGUCGAUAUGGCCAUCGAGAAUGUGUUGAAGAAGCGAGAAAAUCUUAUCGACGUUGGUUAUCGAAUCCAGCAUUGAAUCAAAUUCCCGCCACACUUCGAUCGACUGUUUAUUGUACGAUUGUUCGAGAAGGUUCACGAGUAGAGUUCAAUUUUCUUUGGGAACGUUUGAUACAAGAAUCUGUGGCGAGUGAAACAUUGAAUUUGCUCAAUGGUUUAGCUUGUACUCAAGAUCCUUCGUUGAUUCUCUGGUUUCUCAAUCAACAUUUGAAAACAAAUCCAAUUAUACGUGAUCAAGAUUUAGCGGCGUCGAUUCAACGUAUCGCGCGAUCUUCACAUGGAAAUCAAAUUGCUUGGAAUUGGAUUCGAGAUAAUUGGGAGCAAAUAUUUACGAAAUGGGGAAAGUCCAUUUCGAGUUUAUCGGGAAUUGUGGAAGCUGUCUCAAGUCGAUUUGUGAACAGUCGACAGAAAGACGAAUUUAUCGCCUUUUCGAACUCAAUUGCUGAUAAAGGCACGGCUUAUCGACAAUUUCAAUUAUCUCUUGAGAAAAUCGAUGCAGCAAUCGAAUGGAAUCGAGCGAAUCUUCAUGCCAUCACCGGAUUUCUUCGUCCGGAGAACAUCGAAACUGAUAUUAAAACUCAUCGUUUACCAUCGGUUGCGAUUCCCAUUCAUUAUGAUCUUUAUGUCAAACCUUAUUUAAAUGUUUCUGAUGAUACGCAACGUUACUCAAUCUUCGACGGUUCAGUUAGAAUUCGAAUACGAAUUGUUCAACCAACAGAUCAUAUUCUUCUCCACAAACGCUACAUCACUAUUUAUCUUCCACUUUAUAUCGAUGAUCCGUCGAUUUCUAUCACUCAAACAACAUUUGAAGAAGAACGAGACUUCUUCACGAUUAUUUUCAAUCGAACUCUAACAACUAACACCGAAUUCUCUCUAAUCAUCAAUUAUCUAGGCGAAUUACGAAACGAUACUGCUGGAUUUUAUUUGAGUUCCUACGUCCGAUCAAAGGACAAAGUUCGACGGUAUUUAGUCGCGUCUCAAAUGGAACCCAUAUCCGCCCGACGAGCGUUACCAUGUUUCGAUGAACCCGCUCUGAAAGCGACGUUUACUAUCGUUGUUGAACAUGAACAACAGUACCGCGUUUGGAGUAAUAUGCCCAUUCAAUCCACGGAAAAUUUGUUCAACGGAUGGAUGAAAACAACAUUUCAGAGAUCGGUUCCGAUGAGUUCGUAUCUGUUAGCACUUGUUGUGGCGGAUUUUGAUUGUUUAACCGAGAGAAACACAGGUCGAUAUCGAAAUAUCACAACGAAUGUUUGUGCACAACCCGAAAAGAAAAAUGAUUUAUAUCAUGCAUUGGAAGUGGCCACGAAAAAUAUCAACGAUUUCGAAGAACAAUAUCGAGUCAACUAUCCUUUAGCAAAGGUUGAUCACAUCGCCGUACCGGAUUUCGAUGCAGGCGCUAUGGAAAAUUUCGGUUGUAUAAUCUAUCGAGAGACGCGUUUAUAUUAUAAUAAUCGUACGUCAACUUCAUUGAAUAAACAACAAGUCGCUUUGGUCAUCGCGCAUGAAUUGGCACAUCAAUGGUUUGGUGAUUUGGUUUCACCAGCUUGGUGGGAUGAUUUAUGGUUGAACGAAGGUUUUGCCAAAUGGAUGGAAUUUGUUUAUACCGAUAAAAUCUAUCCAGAAUGGAAUUUACACGAACAGUAUAUCGCACAACGUUGGUUAGCAGUGAUGCAAAACGACGCCAUUUCAUUUUCACAUCCUGUCAAUAUGCGAAUUCAUCACAAUAAUCAAUUAACUGGAAUAUUCGAUGCAAUCACCUACUCCAAAGGUUCAUCAAUCUUACGCAUGAUGAGAAAUUUCAUGGGCAAUGAAACUUUCAAUCGGGGAAUAUCGAAAUAUCUCUCGAAACAUUUAUAUUCAACUGCAAGACAAAAAGAUCUCUGGGAAGCAUUAGGUGAACAAAUGUCACAAGAUCGGAUUGAACUACCGAAGAAUACAAGUCUAGCGAAGAUAAUGAGUACUUGGACUGAUCAAAUGGGUUAUCCUUAUGUGGAAAUUAUUCGAGAUUACGAACGGAAACUUUUGAAAAUUACACAAAAGCAGUUUCUGUUCGACUCGGAAGCUCAACCUUUGAAAUCGCCGCAUAAUUAUUUAUGGUCAAUUCCGUUGAAAAUGAGAUCGUUGAAAACCUCAUUACAGAAUAUCAUUUGGUUUUCAGAAAAACAAAUAACAAUUUCAAUGGAUAUUCAAUCGAAUGAAUGGAUUUUGAUGAAUCCGGAUUUGCUGGGAUUCUUUCGAACGAAUUAUGAUCGAGAAAAUUGGAUGAAGCUCAUCCAACAAUUAAAAAAUGACCAUCACAAAUUUUCUAUCGUCGAACGUGCGGGUCUUGUCGACGAUGUCCUCAAUUUAGCACGUGCAAAUAUUCUCCCUGCAUCACUUGUAUUUGAUCUCCUCGAAUACAGUGAUUUUGAAGAGUCCUACAUUGUUUGGGAACGUAUUCUCUCCGGUUUGAACUAUAUGGAACAAAUGAUCGCACCAAGUAGUCCCGGAUUUUAUCUCUACGAACGCUUUCGUUCCUAUAUGGUCGAUCUUGUCUUACCAAUAUACAACAGACUCGGUUGGCAUGAUAAUCCUCUUACUGAUAAAUGGCUCGAUACUCUUCAUCGUGAUAUGAUUAUCUCUACAGCAUGUCGAUACGAUCUGGAUCAUUGUACGCAACGUGCAGAAGAUCUAUUCGAAGAAUGGUUCAAUUCACCGGCGAAUAAUACUAUUCCUGCGAAUCAACGACAUGUGGUUUAUUGUACAAGUAUUCGCUUAGGCGAUCGAGCAAGAUUUCAAUUUCUUCUAAGAGAAUAUCAAUCAUCCAAUGAUCCACAGGAAAAAGCGCGAAUACAAACAGCAUUGGCGUGUACACGAGAUAUUGAAUUGAUUAAACAUUUAUUGGAUAUUCAUAUUCAUUCGGAAAGAAAUAUCAUUCGACGACAAGAUGUUCUCAAUGGUAUUCGAUCGAUUUGUCGAAAUUUAAUUGCGGAAAUCGAAUGUUGGACGUUUGUUCGUGCACGAUGGACACAAUUAUUUCGCGAUUAUGGAAAUUCGUUGAAUUUUGCGGAAUUAAUUAAAGAUGUCACAGGAAGAUUCAAUACUUUGACACAAUUAGAAGAAUUUGAACGAUUUGCUGAACAGAUCAAUGAUAAAGGUGCGGCUGAAGCAGAAUUUCGCGCGUCAAUCGAACGUAUUCGUGCGAAUAUUCAAUGGGUUAGUAAAUCCAAACCAAACUUAGAAGAAUGGUUAUUAAAUCGAACAAUUGCCAUUCGUCUUCCAUUAGAUUGGUUUCCUUUAACAUAUCAAUUAGAUUUCGAUGUUCAACUUCGUUCAACUUAUCCAAACAACGCCGAACCCGAUACGAGAUUUUCUGGUUACACACGGAUCAGAAUCCGUUGUGCACGUUCGACAAACGAACUUCGUAUUCAUACGAAUCGAUUGCGUUUAUCGUAUGUCACAUUAAGACGUUUAGGAACAGGAAACAAUCUCAUUAGUGAUUGGACACACAUUGCACCAUCGGAAAUUAUCUUAUGUCGAUUACGAGAACGAUGUAUCAAAGAUCAAGAAUAUGAAUUUCAAUCAGAACAUACAGCGGAAUUAGAUAAAGAAAUGGCUGGAUUUUAUCUAAGUCGAUACAAUGUAACGAAUCCAACAACAGGAGAAAUAGUUACUCAUAAUAUCGGAGCAACACAUAUGCAGCCAACAAUCGCUCGUCGUGUAUUUCCAUGCUUUGACGAGCCUUUAUUCAAAGCAAAUUUCACUAUUUCGAUAACUUACGAUGCAAGUUUUACUGUCGUUCGAUCAAACGGUCAAAUGUUGAACAAGAAUCAACCGGACGUUCUUCCUAAUGGUCGAUUAAUUGCACGUUUUGAACAAACUCCGCCGAUGUCCACGUAUCUCGUCGCAUUUGUCCUCACUGAUUUUGAAUGUAUCUCAAAUUUCUCUGCCAAUAACAUUCGGGUCAGUGUCUGCGGACGGCCAGAAGCAAUGAACAAAGGCGAAGGAGAUUUUGCUUUGGAGGUCGGGACACACGUGAUCACUUAUUUCGAACAAUCGUACAAUGUCCCGUAUCCAUUGAGUAAAUGCGAUCAUUUUGCCAUACCGGAUUUUUCAGCGGGUGCAAUGGAAAAUUGGGGAAUGAUCACUUAUCGUGAAACAGCGUUGCUUUACAAUAAUGAAACAGGAAAUUUAGCGAAUAAACUUCGAGUGGGACAAGUUGUGUCACAUGAAGUUGCACAUCAAUGGUUUGGAAAUAUUGUUACACCGAAAUGGUGGAAUGACAUUUGGUUAAACGAGGGCUUUGCAUCAUGGGUGGAAAUUCUCGGUCUUAAUAAUGCAAAUCCUGAAUUUCAAGCGUUGAGUGUUGUUGUUACAGCAACGGUUCAACGUGUACUUGUUAUGGACAGCCUUUUUACAAGUCAUCCGAUUAGUAUUGACGUCACUCAUCCAGAUGAAAUCAAUUCCAUCUUUGAUACGAUCUCUUACGAUAAAGGUGGUUCAAUUCUUCGCAUGAUCUACACAGUCCUAAACGAAACAACAUUUUUCCACGGGAUCAGUAACUAUUUAGACAAUUUCAAGUACAGCAAUGCAGUUCAAGAUGAAUUAUGGUCAUUCUUAACAAAUGUGACAAAUCCAUCGAAACUCUCGGGUUAUACAAUUAAACAAAUCAUGGAUACAUGGACUUUGCAAGAAGGUUAUCCUGUUCUUAUGGUCAAACGAAACUAUGAGACGAAUUCGUUAAUUUUAACACAAAAACGAUUUGUUCUGGAUCCGAAUGGUGAAAAUCAAAUCUCGAAUUAUGUCAAUCCAUUCAAACCAUUGGAAUAUCAAUGGUAUAUUCCCUAUGAUUAUUUGAUCAAUUCAAAAUUAUCAUCAAUUCAAUGGUUACCACCGAAUCGGACUGAUCAAUUGACAGAUAUCGGUCCAGCAGAUCAAUGGAUUAUAUUCAACAUCAACGAAUUCGGCUUCUAUCGUGUUAAUUAUGACAAUCACAAUUGGAAUUUGAUUAUUACUGGUUUAAAACGAAAUCACGAACAAUUUCCUGUUGUUUCUCGUGCACAAUUAAUCGAUGAUGCAUUUAGUUUAGCACGUUCACGAGAUAUCAAUGUAACAAUUCCAUUAGAAUUAUCGACAUAUCUUUGUCAGGAAUUGAAUUUCAUCCCAUUUUCAGCGUUUUCAACAAGUAUUCAAUAUCCAAUAACGAUGUUCGGACAAGAUGAAAAUAGUUUGGAAUACAAACAAUUACAACAAUAUAUUCGUACUGUCGAAGAGCCUGUUUAUCAAAUUCUCGGUUGGACAAUCGGAGAAAACACAUCGGAUUAUUUAUCUCGUCAAUUACGAUCGAUUGUUAUCAACGAUUUGUGUGCAAAUGAUUAUCAACCGUGUAUAGACGAAGCGAUUUUACAAUAUCGUAGAUGGCGCGCGAAUCCGACAGGUUAUUCGAUAAAUCCAGAUUUCCGAACGAUUGUUUAUUGUCAAGGAAUCAAAAACGGGACAGUUGAAGAUUACAAAUUCAUCGAAAAUCGAUACAAACAAACAAACGACCAAGUCGAAAAGAAUCGAUUUGGUUCAGCAUUGGCUUGUACAAGAGAUUUUACUCUUCUCGAACAUUUACUAUAUGAAACACUGAAAAACGAUUAUAUACGUUUACAAGACUCGUCGACAUUCAUCGGACGUAUUAGUGCUCAACCAGGUGGACAAAAUUUAACUUGGCAAUUCGUCAGUCAACGUUGGUCGGAAUUAGUAGCAAAACUAGGAGGAAUGAGUUUUACUCUGUCAAAUAUCGUUGAAAGUGUACUUCAAAAUGUAAAUACCGAACAUGAAUUGAAGAUUAUUGAAAAAUUUAUGAAAGAUACCAAAGAUUUCUCAAUAGCUGAACGUGCUUUUCUUUCAUCUAUUGAAAAAAUCAAAGCUAAUAUCCGGUGGAUGGAUACAAUUGGACGAGAUAUGCGGAUGUGGCUUUCGAUCAAUACGGUGAAAUGUUCAAAUGCGCAAUAG